AUGAAGAGGAAGGCGAGCAAAGAGGGGGACGCGGGGCCGAAGACGGCGAGGCCGGAAGCUGAGAUCGGCAACACAGACUGGGAGGCGAAGACGGUGGUGCAGCUGCGCGCCCUACUCAAGCGGCGUGGUCUGCCCACCUCCGGACAGAAGGCCCAGCUCAUCUCGCGUCUGCGCGAUAACAAAUCCGAUUCUGAUUCGGGCACCAUCACCAACAAGAGACUAAAAACAAAAGCAAAGGAAGAUGAAGAGGCCGAAGAAGAGGACGAAGAGGACGAAAUGGCAGAGAUUGACUACAUCGUGAAGGAGAGGACAGUGCCCAGAUCGAAGAGGAAGGAGUACCUGGUUCGGUGGGUGGACGGCGCCGAAGACGGGUGGCUGCCCGAGUCAGACCUGCGCGGCACGCCGGCGCUCAAGGAGUGGAAGGACGCCAUCCCGCCCGAGGACGAGGCGCCCGCGCUGCCGCCCCACCGCCUGGACGCGCUGGUCGUCCAGCUGGCCAAGCUGGUCGAGGCGAGCCGGCGCAUGGUAGUCUACACGGGCGCUGGCAUCUCCACUUCGGCUGGCAUCCCAGACUUCCGAGGCAAGAACGGGCUGUGGGUGCGUGGCGCGCCCAAGAGGGCCGUUGUGGAGCUCACCACGAUCGAACCCACUCCCACCCACCGCGUCCUGGCCGAGCUGGAGCGCAUGGGCAAGGUGCAUUUUAUAGUGAGCCAGAACUACGACAAUCUACACAUCAAGAGCGGGUUUCCGAAAGAGAAGCUGGCCGAGCUCCACGGGAACCUCUUUGCCGAGAUCUGUGCCAAGUGCGGCAUGAAGUACUACAGGGACUACGAGGUGACCAAGAAGGACAGUGACGAGGAUGAGGACGAAAGUGAAGAUGAUGAAGAUUCGCACUUGACCCGCCGAUCAUGUGACCAGGAAGGCUGCGAUGGCGCGUUGCGAGACACGAUCGUCCAUUUUGGUGAGGGCUUUGAAGAAGACGUCUUUGCCGCGGCGGUCGCCAAAUCCAAGGAAGCCGACCUGACCCUGUGUCUAGGCUCGAAGCUGUCGGUCACGCCAGCGUGCGACAUGCCGUUCUACUGCAAGCAGAAGCGAACGAAGGAGCAGAAGAAGAGAGAUCAACGCAGAGCAGGCCGAGCAAGAACGAAGGACGCAGGCAAGAAGGAGGAGAAGGCGGAGGAGAAUGAUGAGGAAGGCCGCGAAGGUGAAGCCAAGGUGGCGAUCUGCAACCUGCAACCAACGGACAAGGACCACGAGGCAGAUCUGGUCAUACACCACACCUGCGACGAAGUCAUGACCGCCCUCCUCGACAUCCUCAACCAGCGACGGACAGCAGCAGCACGAGCGGAGGAGCCAGUCCACGACUAA